CGCCUCACGAGAGCACUGUGCUUCUGAUUUCCAGUAGGCCCKGUUGCAAUACAUCAGACCAGAUUCGGUUCCUGCACCGAUCACAGAUCGAUCGUUUUGGCGCCGUAGAGUGUGACUGAUUCAAAGCAUUCUAUUCCAGGACAAAAAGAAUGUUCCCCCGGAGAAUCAUCAUUGCGGCUGCUACCGCAUCGCGGGGGCCCGCUUCCCUGGCACGGAAUGUGCGACUGAAGGAAAGGGYAGCGGUCGCCUCGUCCCCGCCGCCUGGCCUCUGGAGAUGGCUUGGGUCGUCCUCCCMAACAGCAUCGUUGAUCCAAUCGAGAAGCAACAACGAAACAGAAACGACCGACGAACCGCAAAACGAUGAACCAAUACAACAAAUACAGCCACAGCACCAAAUGAAACUGAAAGACAAGCACGACACCGAGGCCAAAAGGCGAGACGAUUCGCCACGAUCGUUGCCACAAGCGAAAAAAUGGCGGGCUCCCUUCUGGUUGCCACCGUCUUCAUCACAGGGGAAACGGACCCCGCACCACCGCCGGAAUCCGAAACACCAACAACAGCAACACCGACCCAAACCGAGGCGAUUUCGGAACGAGCGCUUGCCUUGUCGGCAACACCUGGAUCCGAAUGGCUCGGCAGGCCUCCCCGAGAGCGAUUGGGUUCAGCUCUUUGGAGCUUUCCCCAUGACCAGUCUGGACGAAAUCCUCGAGUCGGUCGAGGGGACCCUUAGGAAGGAACUGUUCGAUCCGGCUGCGAAUCGAAACAAUCGCGGCGGCGGGGUCGUGGAUUUAGAUGCGGACUGGAAUCCAACGGAAGAGGAUCCUCCCCUUGUGUCCGAAAUCACUUACUGUACUCCCGACGCACCGCGAGACGAUCGGCCCGAGUAUGCUCUCGACAACGACGUUAGGGGUGGUAUCCCCGACGAUGGGGACGGCAACGACCCCAACCCUGGCAACAGUAGCGAUGAUGAGACUGACGACACACGGGUAGAGUCCUUCCGUGUCGUCAAGGCCCACGUAGUUCUAUCUCCGUUUGGACGACCGACGGGCUGGAACCUAAAACUCGCCAGUCCUUCCAUGGUGAACGCGUUGCUGUCCGUUGCAAAUAAUGCCCGCGUCAGGGGAAGCAUCCGUAUUGGAUGGAGGUUUGCGACGGUAAAAGAACACGUUCCUACGCCAAUCAAAAUGGACCCUAGAGAUACGAGGACCAUGCUGGUCGUGAACGACACUAUGGUCCGCUUUGAAAACUGUCCCUCCGAUCUCACAGAGGAUUUCCUGCGGCACCUGCUGUCGCGGUACGAGCUGACCGCCAAGGGACCAACCAUCAUCAAAUGGAAAGGCCGAACGGACGACGGGAAAGCUCCUCCCCUGACCUAUGUGGUGCGGUUUGCAAGCGCAGCCUAUGCCCGGGCAGCAAUCCGAGAAAUGCAGGGCAAGUUGCUAAAGGGACAAGCAAUCAAGUUGAUUCAAUAUCCGAAACAACUGAUAUGAUCUGGAUUAGUAGAGAACGAUUUAAGAUUCGACGGUACAGGAGCAAAACAGACGAACAUGUAGUAGCGUGGAGCAGUGCAGACUUAAUUUGAAAAUCCA